AAGAGAUUCCUCAAGGAAUUGAGGGAGCUUCGGGAAAUUAGUGGAAUUCCUGAGCCUGCCUUGGCCUCGGAUGCUGCCGAACCUAGAGAAGGCUUGCAGGUUCGGAACGGGGCUGCAGCAGGCUCGGCAAAUCGGGGCUGGGUUCCUCCGAGUGUUCUUCGAGAUCCAACCUCCAUUGCCUGCCAU